GGAGUUCCUUCCCCUUUCACUACGUAACAGGGUCAGGCAAAUACCAAUAAUGGCGGCAGCCAGUGGACGGUUUAAGCUCCUAGAACAUAGUUAUUGCCUAAAAGAAACACCUAAAAAAAAGCACGAACGAAUUGCGUCUUUCUUUUCCGGUGACCAUUCAUACGCACCUGUGACAGCUAACACACCAGAAAAGAAACGAAAGCGUGAUUUUUCCUCACCCACAGGAAAAACCCCUACACAGCCUUUAAAGGCUAAAUUGGUGAAGGAAGACAAAACACGCAGGAACCUGGGCUGGACAUCUGAGGAGAAGGCGUUCCUCAUCAAACAUGUUGAAGAAACACCAAGAGACCCCAGAACAUCUCUAGUGGAGUAUUGGAAUGAGAUUGCUGAAAAGAUCAAUGCCGCUUUCCCAGACAGUUCUAGGAAUGGUGUACAUGGAGUAUUAUCUGCUCUUAGGCAGGGGUAUCAUUGGAUUCCAUCCAACUCAUUGUGGCUAGAUUUUGGACAUACUCAAAGUGAAUAAGCAUUAUAUUAAGCACAGAUCCGAGGGGACUGAAGUUGCAUAUGCCCCCAUAAUUCCUCAACAAUCAAAGUUGACUCUGCAAAAACCAGUGUGGAUAAAUCUUGCUCACCUUGUUGUUUAAUAAUACAUUAACCGGAGCAAUGUGAAAGUGAUAUUAUGGGCAUCUAACAGGUUAUAGGUGUCUAUCGCAACCAUUUAUUUUUAGUGUUUUUAAUUCAUAUACAAUUAUAUUUGUUAAUGCAGCAUCAACAUACUAAAACAAUUCCAGAAAGAGAAAAAUAAUGAAAUGUAGUUUUCAUGCAGAUUUGUGCAUACGACACAAAGACACAAUUUUGUUCAAUAGUGAAAAAUGCCUGUAAUAUCACUCAUGAUUCCAAAUUGUAAGAGAAGAUAUAGUGAAUCGAAAACCAUCAAGCACGUGUUUUUAAGUACAUAAGCAUCGUAUCCUUUUGAUAAAAACAAGUUAAUUAAAAUGAAAAGUUUAAUGAGAA